AUGACUACACAGAGCCCACUGACUCUGUAUGAGCUGACCAAGCAGAGGCUGCUGAACAGUGAGACCACAGCCAGCACUACUCUGCAUGGCCUGCCCUCCAUGAUCUUCCAUGAAAUUUUCAUGGAGGCCUUCAUGAGGGAACACAAUGAGGUCCUAAAAGUGAUGCCACCUGGGAAGGGAUUUCCUGAUGAGAAAGGUGGAUGUGAGGAUGCAGUGAAAUCAGGAGGAACCUGCAUCUGCCUCCUCUCGCAGGAACUAGAAGUUGAAUCAAGCUGCAUAGAAAGGUGGAGACUGCAGGUGCUGGAUUGGAGGGAUGUACACCGGGACUUCUGGACUGUAGGGCCCAGAGCCAUGAGUUCUGCCCAUUCAGAAGAUGCCAGCAAUAAGGAGACAGGCAAGCCUGGGUUGAGGAAGAAGAAGCCGACCUUGAGAAUAUUCACACACCUUUGUUUUCAAGCCUGGAGUUCGUCUUGGGCCACCCAUAAUGAAUUAGAAUUUUGCCUCUUGACUUGGGCCAGGAAGAGAAAAGCUUCAGUACACCUGUGCUGUGAGAAGGUGAUGAUCAAGUCAAAUGAUGUCUCUACAAUUCUGAAGCUCCUUCGUGCUGUGCAACUGGACUCUAUCCAGGAGCUGGACGUGUUCAGUGUAUGGGGUUGGAAAUGCAUGAAAGCAUUUCUUCCUCAGCUCAAGAAGAUGACGAACCUUCGCACAUUUCACUUCAGCAGCCUGAGCCCAGAAGUGUUUACUUUGCCCUUGGAAAAUAAGUGGCUUUCCUGCAUCUAUGCUUUUCACUUAGGAGAGCUGCAAAAUCUCCGGGAGCUUCAUAUACAUGAUGUCCUUUUCCUACAUGGAACUCUGCAUAAGAUUUUCAGGAACCAGACCUCCUUGGAGGCCCUCUCCUUCAGUUCAAGUCCACUGAAGGAAUCUGACCUAAAGCAUCUGGCCCACUGUCCAAGCAUGAGCCAGCUGAAGUCCCUGAGUCUGAGGAAGUUCUCAAUGAAAUCAUUCAACCCAGAGACCCUCCAGGCUCUGCUAGACAAACUGGCCAGCACCCUGGAGACCCUGGUCCUAGAGCACUGUGACAUCACAGACGCCCAGCUGCUUGCUAUCUUGCCUCCCCUGAGCUGCUGCUCCCAGCUCAAGACCUUCAGUUGCUAUGGGAACCACAUAUCCCUGGGCAUCCUUCAGGUCCUGUUGUAUGUGUGUGGGGGACUGAGCCAGUUAACCCAUGGGCUGUAUCCUGCCCCCUUGGAGAGCUAUAAGUCCAAGAUUCCAGCAGAGUUUGUGCACCCUGAGAAAUUUCUCCGAGUCUGUGCUAAAUUGGCACGG